GUGAUCGUUUCAGGUCAGUGAUCGAUGAUGCUUGGUGGUUUGGAACAAUUGAAAGCCAGGAACCUCUACAGCCUGAUUAUCCUGAUAGCUUAUUUCAGUGCUACAAUGUCUGCUGGGACAAUGGUGAUACUGAGAAGAUGAGCCCUUGGGACAUGGAGCUGAUACCAAGUAAUGCUGUAUUUCCGGAAGAACUGGGAACUAGUGUUCCUUUAACAGAUGAUGAACGUAGAACGCUGCUCUAUAAACCUCUGGAUGGAGAGUGGGGUUCCAGGACCCGAGAUGAGGAGUGCGACAGAAUUAUUGCAGGGAUAAACCAACUCAUGACUCUAGAUAUUGCUUCAGCAUUUGUGGCACCUGUGGAUCUUCAAGCUUACCCAAUGUAUUGCACUGUUGUGGCAUAUCCCACAGACCUCAGCACCAUUAAACAAAGACUGGAAAGCAGAUUUUACAGGCGCCUUUCUUCAUUGAUGUGGGAAGUCCGGUACAUAGAACAUAAUACUCGCACGUUUAAUGAACCCGGAAGUCCUAUUGUCAAAUCUGCCAAAUUUGUCACAGAUCUUCUGCUACACUUCAUAAAAGACCAGAGUUGCUAUGACAUAAUUCCAUUAUACAAUGCAAUGAAGAAGAAAGUGUUAUCUGACUCUGAUGAGGAAGAAGAGAAAGAUACAAAUGUGCCAGGAACUUCCACUAGAAAAAGAAAGGAUCAUCAGCCAAAGCGGCGGCUGCGUAAUAGAGCUCAAUCAUAUGACAUUCAGUCAUGGAAGAAGCAAUGCCAGGAGCUGCUUAAUCUCAUUUUUCAGUGCGAAGACUCUGAACCAUUUAGACAACCAGUGGAUCUCCUUGAAUAUCCAGAUUAUAGAGAUAUUAUUGACACUCCUAUGGAUUUUGCUACUGUUAGAGAAACGCUGGAAGCUGGAAACUAUGAGUCACCAAUGGAGUUAUGUAAAGAUGUGAGACUUAUUUUCAGCAAUUCCAAGGCCUAUACACCAAGUAAAAGAUCAAGGAUCUACAGCAUGAGUUUGCGCCUUUCUGCUUUCUUUGAAGAACACAUAAGUUCUGUUUUAUCAGAUUAUAAAUCUGCCCUACGCUUUCAUAAAAGAAACACAAUAAAGAAACGAAGGAAAAAAAGAAGUAGAAGCAGCUCAGUUUCCAGUAGUGUUGCAUCCAGCCCUGAAAGGAAGAGGAGAUUAAUAAAACCUCAAAUGAAGGCAGAAACUUCUGCCACCUCUUCAUCUUCUGCACCUGCACGGUCAACAGCACUGAGACAUGCUUCACCUCAGAUGAAUGGAAAAGCAGCUGAAACGUCUUCCCUUGUGCGGACUCGAAGCAAUAGGGGGAUAACAGAUGUGGCUGUUACAGAGCAACCAUCUACUUCUUCAGGAGCAAAGCCUUUAACAAUAAAGCCUUUAAUUACAAAGCCUAAUACUACUGCAGGGUCAGGAAAGUCAGUACUGGAGAAUUCAACCAAACAUUCCAAGAACCAGAAUAUUGUGUCAAUCCCUAGUCAAUCUGAUUACAGUCAUAACACUAGGAACAACUCCACAAGAGAAAAUCCUGAGAAGGAGAAGCAAAUCAAGCGCAAAGUAAAAUCUUCUGCUGUUAAUCAACAAG